UUUCGACUGGGCGACAGGAAGUUCGACAAUCUUUCUUUUUUUUUUUUUCCAGUAGGGGUGUGCGGCACUCUGGAGUUCAGGUUGCUAGAGAAUGAGAAUAGGACAGGAGUUCAGGAAAGGAGAAGCGAAAGGAGAGAGAGGAGAGAGAAGAGAGACUCUGAGAGAGGAGAGAGAAAGAGAGAAGAGACAUACCGAAUGACAAUGAGAUAGACUGAAGGGAGGAAGGCCGAAACCAACGAGGAGCGGACGCAGAGGGGGGAGAGAGAGAGAGAGAGAGAGAGAGAGAGAGAGAGAGAGAGAGAGAGAGAGANAGAGAGAGAGAGAGAGAGAGAGAGAGAGAGAGAGAGAGAGAGAGAGAGAGAGAGAGAGAGAGGUGGAGGGUUGGAUGAGAUGGAUGGCCAAAUGUUGUUGAUGAAUCAUGGAGCGAGUCAGGGUGUUCUUCGAAGAGCAACUCCUGCAGCAGCAGCAGCCUUGGACCAACUGAUGAUGCCGGCGGCCGCCAUGGCUGUGAGCUCAGUCGGCGGGGGGGAAAGCCAUAGCUUGAUGCACUCAUCGUCGUGGCAAGCACCUGCCUGGAUUUCAUCCCUCCGCGCUGUCUCCUCCACCUAUACCCACCACCCCUCUUCCGCCUCCUCCUCCCCGCCGACUCAUUCUUCUGCUUACCUUCACCCUUUCGCUGCAUGCACUCCUCCUCCUCCUCCUCCUCCUCCUCCUCCUCCUCUGGUCAAUUUCAAUUUCGACUUCGCUUCUCGCUUCAAGGAGAUGUACACGUUAGCAGAGGAAGAUGCAGCUGCUGCCAGGCUGGCGGAUGGCUCCGCUGGCCCGCAAGUCCACGAUCAACAGCUUGACUGUGAGGGGGAGGAGAGGGAGGAGAGGGAGCAGCAAGACCAAGAAGACCGCUUUCUCCAUCUAUUCAUUCGCAAUCUUCAUCAUCAGUAUAUUAGCAAUGCUGCGAUGGGAGGAGAGGGAGGAGACGGUGGGGGGCAUGGAGGAGGAGGAGGAGGAGGUUCGUCUUCUUCAUCAGGAACGGGAUCGGACUAUGGGAAUUGUCAAGACUGUGCCAUGUCGAGCAUGGGCGGACUGACAGGACCAUCAGCAAUGGCCGCGGCGACGGCGGCAGCGGCGACCGCCGCCGCAGGAGGGUAUCCAAGUGGAGAGACGUUCGUGGACAUGGAUGGGGAUGCCACGUGGUCCGGCGGCGACUACUCAGAUGCAGUAGCGGCGGUAGCAGCGGCAGCAGGAGGUGCGGGAGGUUGUGCGCAGGCGGGUGAAGGAGGUGGUUCUCCAUUCGAAUGCGAUCAGCAGAUUCUGAGAAUAGCCGCUGCCGCCGGCGGCGCGAGUGCUUGUACUGCCAUCACAAUUGCGGGCUGCGAGCGACAAAACUCAUGUGGCGACCACGAUGGCAGGCGAUCGAUGCACCCACUCAGAGCUGGAAAAGGAGGAGGAGGAGAAAUGGUGGAGUGCGAUGAGAGGGCGAAGAUGGAAAUGCAGCACUUUGCUGAGGAGCAUAGCUUGCUGACUGAUAUGGAGAUGGACAGAAAGCGUUUGCGAAGAAUGCUAUCAAAUCGCGAGUCUGCAAGGCGAUCUCGACAGCGGAAACAAGAGCAUCUUGACAGCCUUGAAGUGCAGGUUGCGCGAUUGCGCGUGGAGAAUGCUGCUCUUGUACGGCAAGCGAACGAGGUAGCGCGCCAGUUCCACGAUCGCUCAAAAGAGAACCAUCAGCUGAAAAGGGAGGUGGCUACGCUAAGGAUGCAAAUGGCUGAGAUUCUGAGUGCUGUACAGAUGCAUGUCACAGCUGCUGCCGCCGCUGCUGCUGCUGCCAACAACAACAACAACAACACCAUCAACGGACGGGAUGUGUCAAACUCUUGGUCGUCUGGGUCGCAAUCAGCAGAGAUGAUGAUGGAAGAAGAUAUGAGCAGUGAGAUUAAGCCUACACCAGCCGUUGCCGCCGCAGCCAUUGUCCCCUCUAACGCCACCUCCGUGAAUGCCGUGGCCACUAAUGCUGCUGCUGCCGUUCUCAACGACAUGAGACUAACGGAUCCCCGUUCGAGUGAGGUAUGAGUAUCUGCGGUUUGCGAUACUUCGUCGGUUGAAUUGAUUGAUUAAUUUGAUUAAUUGAUUGCUGGGUGUUUGGUGCUGCUUUGAUUGCAUUCUUCUUGAUGAUGUAUUUGAUUGAUUGGUUCAUUGGUUUCAUGAAGAUUGAAGAUCACUGAAGAUCUGAGUCAGAGAGAGGUCCGUCAACGGAUCAGCAAUUGGUUGAUCUCAUGGAUCGGACACAUUGUUCAUUGAUUGAUUGAUUGAUUGAUCGAUCGGUUGACUGAUUGCUUGAUUGCUUGAUUGCUUGAUUGCUUGAUUUCUUGAUUGCUUGACUGCUUGAUUGGUCGAUUGGUUGAUUGAUUGAUCGAUUGGGUAGAUGGAUGAGUGGAUGGACGGAUGGGUGAAUGGGUGAAUGGAUGGAUGGAUGGAUGGACGGAUGGGUGAAUGGAUGGAUGGAUGGAUGGAUGGAUGGAUGGAUGGAUUGGUGAAUGGAUUGCUUGAUUGGUCGAUUGAUUGAUCGAUUGAUCGAUUGGUUGAUUGAUUGAUUGAUUGAUUGAUCUGUUGAUCUCUAUUAAGGGGUAGAUGGAUGAGUGGAUGGACGGAUGGGUGAAUGGAUGGAUGGAUGGAUGGAUGGAUGGAUGGAUGGAUGCAUAUGAUGGACAGCAAUCCUGGACUGAUCUGUGAGUAGUUUUGGGGAUAGCAGUUUGGUUGGUAGGUGACAUACAAGCACACAAAUCGCCAGCGUCAGUUCAGCUAGAAGCGCACACUUAAACUGACAGAACAGUGGAUGUAUUCAGGGGGAAAGGAUACUGACUGCAAUUGUAUCCAGAUUCAGACACUGUAUGCUCUGGAAAGGGUCCUGAGAACAACUGUGUUCAGAUUCAGCCUCCCUGGCCCUGCUUUGGGGUAGCAGUUCGCCGGAUAGGCCACACAAAAGCACACAAUUUGCGUGGCCAGCACCAGGUCAGCAAGAAGCGCACACUCAAAACUGACAGAAUAGUGGAUGUAUGGAGGGGAAAGGAUGAUGACUACAACUGCGUCCAGAUUCAGCUCAGCCUCUGUAUGCUGUGGAAGGGAUCCUGGCCAGAACUGUGUCCAGCUUCAACCUC